CACACCUCCAACGUGAUCACGUAGCAAUCGAGCGAUUGUGGUUGAAGUAUUUUAUGAAUGAAUCCCACAACUGAAGGUUUGUGGCAUUUCUUCUAGGUUUGAUUCCCCUUUACAAAGUAAAAACUGCUUAAUUAUUUAGAGGAGAAGUGCGUUCUUUUACAGCGACUUGGUUCUUCCAUUCACAGGUACACGUUGCAUUGCGUGAUCUGGUGUCUGAAUCUCUCAAAAUGGCGGUACGGGCUCUGGCAUUAUCUCCAAAACGUUUUCCGUUUCGUUCCAUUUAUUUUGGAUUAAGUAGAGCUUCUUUCUGCUCGUCACAGGAUUCAAAUCUAAUGAUCAACGAAGGAAAGUAUGCUUGGCUGAAAGAUCUUGGCCUUAAAGCGGAAAACGACGGCGUCUUUAAUGGCACAUGGUGUGGCAGAGGAGAGGUAAGAUUAUGAUCUCUUCUGUUAAAAAGUUUCUACAUUUUAAUAAGUGACUUAUUUCUUAUAGUUCAAGUAACCUGAAUAAAAUUCCGAAAAAAAGGAAUAAUAAUUGCUUUUGUAUAGUAAUUAGUAAGCUUAUAUAAAUACAAUCAGCUGUUUUUGUUUUUUUUUUUUUGAAAAAUUAUACUUGGGACGUCCCUGAGUCAAGCUUUGCAAAUGUUCUUGUUGAUUAGCCCCACUUGUGCAAAAUUAUGGUGGGUUUGAGUUGUCAUGGAAACAGUGUCACCACUGGCAGGAGAGGGAACUAGACACACAUUCGUUUUUUCAUCCCCAUCUGCCUGCACCUUGCAAUUCAAGAAAGAUUACAAGCUACUGUUGUUUGUCUUCAGUUUGUCUAAAAACAUCAAUACGAUGGACUGCUGGUUUGCUUCUCAGGGUACCUGCAAUUAACCUUAAGGAAAGAUGUACUUUUAUUUAAGUUAACCUGUCAAGCUUUCCAUCACUUAAACAACGCAGUGAGAAGUGGCUUAUACAGGUAUGCAUACACUCACCAAAAAAUGUGGCAGGCACUCUUCAAGGAAGCCUAAAGACCUGUUGGUACCAAGCAUGUCCCAAACAUUCAAACAGUCUAAAAACCAUCCCUUAGGACUAGUCUCUAGUCAGGAUAGGGCAAAGUGAUGCCAAAAGCCAAAAGGAAAGGAGGAGGCAGUUUGAUUCUUGAUUCCAAACUAGAAGUUAAGGCUGGUUUAUCGAGGAUGUACUGCUGAGACCCUGGCAUCCUUAGGAUAUACCAAAGCUAUAGUAGUUCAGCUGUCUUUUGAGCACUACCCUAUACUAGACUAGACUUCCAAAAUCUCUCCCUAUCCUAGAAUUGAUAUUUUUUAUCUAUUGAUGCUUUGACAUCAAACUGAGUUGCAGGUAAAUAAAUGUUAUUUAUCAAUUUCAUUAUUUUAAGUGUCGAUUCCCGGUUUCCUUUGUCUUAGACUACUGCAUUAAGAAGUUUGAAAUGGACUAAGCUUACAUGUAAGCAGGAGUUCACGUUUGAUAAUAGAGCAUCUUGUUACAUAGGAUGCCUGGCAGAUCUUGUUGCAACAUACAAAGAGAAUGCCUGAAAUAGCCAUUUGAUUCCCCAUCUACUUGUUGUAUUUACCCGGCAACUUGAAAUCUUAGUGACAACCCUAGUUGCUUGACUCUUUGUUUGUAGACUGUCACAUCAAUUUGCCCUUCUAAUGGACAGCCAAUUGCAAGAGUUCGUCAAGUGAGUAUCUCAUAUAAAAAUAGGUUAUGUUGCAAGUGAAAAGAGCUUAUUCAACGUAGUACAUGUACCUGCAACAUUUGUUGAAACACCUUUUCUGUUACCCUGUUUGCAGUGUCAAAUUAUUGCAAAGGCAGGCAGUGAAGGAAUAGAGUAAUAUAGGUUGAGAGGCUUUAAUUGAUGCCAAAACUCCACAGCUCUCAUUAUUUUUAAGUGUUUCAAUGAAACUUGAUGAGUAUUGUAGGUACAAAGAAAUACAUAACACAGGUGUACAAAUGGACAUGUAUUGCUACAUGUAAUUGAUAAAAAGAUCAUGUAUUUUUGAUAUAUCUUUCAGGGCUCAUUGGAUGACUACAAUGAAACAGUUAAGCUUGCAAAGGAUGCCUGGAAAUCUUGGGCCAUGGUAUUAAAAUUUAAUUCAAAAUUUAAAUUAAUUAAUAAAGUUCAGUGCAUGGUCAGAAUCUAGUCCCUGUAGGCAGUUUAUUUAAUUAGUAAAAAAAUAAAGCCAAUUAUGUUUUUUUUGGUUCUUUUGGCAUUAACAAUUGACAGCAUCAAUUAAUCUCCUGUUCAGUGGGAAAUUUACAAGUUGCAGUUGAAUUUUGUAACUUAAACAUUGACAGUCCAGCAAUGUGUCGAUUCAUACAUUGAAAUGUAUACAUCAGCUGACUUUUAUGGUCAGCUAGUUUCAUAAGCCUUACCAAAUGAAUGUAAGUGAUCACCAUGAGGUAAUCAAAGUAUUCAUAUGAUAUUGUUUGUACUCCUUUUUGAAAAGGAAAAGUACAGUUAUUGCGAGAUCAAGUGUACCCUAUUGAUUCUAUUAAUGUACAAAAAUAAUUAAGCAUUUGAAAAUUGAAUCUGUUAGUCCUUGAGACAACUCUAAACAUCAAAUUCAAAUAUGCAUUCCUGCCUGUAUUUAAUGAGCAGUGAAUAUAACUUCUCUGCAUUCAGUCAGAUUGAAAAUUUUUGAAUGGAUGAUAACACUAUAUAUAUAGUGGGACACUCAGUAUGCAUGAAGGAAUGCAGAGAUGAAUAUUAUUAGAAAUCCACGACAGGUUCAACUUUCAAAUACUCUUUUAACAGAGGGGAGGGGAAGGGGGUAUGCUUGACCUGGCCUGGCUUGAUUGUAAAUAAGUUGAACUACACUCUUUGGUCAUUUCAAUAGACACCUGCUCCGAAACGUGGAGAAAUUGUCAGACAGAUUGGCCAGGCACUUAGGGACAACUUGGAAAACCUUGGAAAACUGGUGAGUUAAUUAAUGCAAUGUAGCAAUUUCUGUAAGUGUCGGUCACGUGUCUGCCUGCAUGCAUGGCCAGUUAAGGCUGAAAAAAGUGAAAUUUUGACCUGAAUAUUUCAGUAGCUAACUGCCUUAAGUAGAGAUGUGCCUGCCUGUUAUGUUUUGGGACCAAACUCGAACAUAUGUUCAUAAAAAGGUUUGUCUAAAACUACCGACAGAAUGGCACACUCUUAGUUCCCAUGGAAGGGCAUUCCAAAGCUGGGGGGGCACAUAUAGAAAAUGCCCUGAACCCGUACGAUUUUAAAUUAUACGAUUGUGUCUUCAGAAGCUGCAUGUUUCCUGAUCUAAGGCUACGGCAAGGUCUAUAAAGGUCUAACAGAUCCUGGAGAUAAACAGGUGCCAUACCAUUCACCACUUUAGGUGUAAAUAACAAGAUCUUAAGUCCUACGCACUGUUCAACUGGCAACCAAUGAAGCUCCAUUAGUACUGGCGAUAUGUAAUCAUGCUUCCGUGACAAUGUAACUAGCCUAGCCAACAUGUAUUGCAGACGCUGGAUCUGAUACUUAAGAAGGCCAUACAAGAAUGCGUUACAAUUAACUAACUUAGAAGUCACAAAAGCAUGCACCGAAGUCUUGGCACUUUCCAUACUGAGAAACUUUCUAAUUCUCGAAAUUGAUCUAAUUGAGUGAAAAGCAGAUUUACACAUUUGCUUGAUCGGUUGGAGUCAAGAAUAACCCCAAUGUUCCUUGCAUGAUCAGUGGGCUUGAGGUGGGUGCUGACUACUUGCAGACAGUCCAUGGAGGGAGCAGGCUGAUGCUUGGCAUGAAAGACUAGGAUCUUCAUUUUGUUAUCAUUUAACUGCAAGUUGUUGUGCAGCAUCCAGGCUUUGACACCACUGAUGCAAGCCUCCAGCUUGAGUUUGGUUUCAUCAAGGUCAUCAGCAUCAGAAGUCUUCAACGCACAGUACAUUUGUGUGUCGUCAGCAUAUUGAUGGAAGGAGACUUCAUGAUGAUGCAUUAUGUCCCAAAGCGAUGCUGUAUACAUUGUAUACAGUAGUGGUCCAAGCAUAGAACCCUGAGGAACCCCGCAUGUCAAUGGACGACUAGUUGAUUGUUCACUACCAAUAAUGGAUACAAACUGCUUUCUUUCUGCUAGGUACGAUGUAAACCACUGACAAGCCGCACCUCAUAUCUGCCGCACCUUAUGUAUAGCAAUUGGUCUUGGAAAGAGCCAGGUGCUCUUUGCCACCUUAUCUUCCCUCAAAGAGUGUCUGAAUAAUUUUGUUAAUAUUAUUAUAAAUUAUUUUAAAAUUAUAUCUUAUUUCAAAGUCAAUGUUAAAAAGGAUUCAUCCCUUAAACUUGGUAAUGCAGUCGAAAACAGUUUCUUUUUAUACCUGCAGGUUGCCCUUGAAGUUGGAAAGAUAAAGGCUGAAGGCAUUGGUGAGGUUCAAGAGUAUGUUGACAUCUGUGACUAUGCUGUUGGUCUUUCCAGGAUGAUUGAUGGAAAGGUUCUACCAUCAGAACGUAAGAUGGGCCUUUAUAAAUGCAGUUUGUCUCAUCUGCCCAAUGCAGACUGAUUGUACUAUUCGGGCAGUGCUUUAAUUUAAAAAUGAAAGGCCAGAAACACCUGUCGGAGUGAACAUGUUACAGUGCAUGAUUGUACAGAGAAUGUACCAGGUUUAACAUUUUUGAUGUUUCUUAGUUUUGUCGAAACCAUUGUGUGUAGGAAAGGAAUUGUGUUGUGGUGUGAGUAUUGUUCGCAAUUUCAAUCUUUUGUAUUACGUCAUUUAGUGAUCACACCCAUCCGUAACACCAAGAAACUACCAACAUUAAUUUUUGAAGUACUGAGUUGAACCUCCAUUAAGCAGCCACCCUAGACCCCUAUAAAGUGGCUGAUAAUCAAAGUCCUGAAAUAUAAUUUUACAGAAAAGAAUGGGAAAUUAAACCUCUAUUAAGCAGCCGCGGCCAUCCUUUGGCCAUCCCAACGAGUGUUCCCAUUGUUGUUAUCCCUAUUAAGCAGCCAUCAAGUGCUUGAUACACUGAGUUUGGCUUUAUUUUGAGGAAUAUGAUGAAUUCGAAGGAAAAUACAGUAUGACAUAGAAGGUCAGAUGACUGAUUGUGCACCAGUAAUGCUGCUCUCGCCACCUGUUUGUUUCAAAAUGAAGUGAUACUCCUGCUAAGAUUAUUCUCAUGUUAUGCUAAUUUAUGACAAACUCUAUUGAGCAGCCAACCUCCAUUAAGCGGUCUGCAUAUGCUGGUACCCUGAGGGUGGCCACUUCAUGGAGAUUCAGCUGCAGUGAGUUAAAAAAUAAAGGAGUACUAAAAUGUUAUGGGUGAACAUUUUACGUCAUUGGUAAAUAAGCCUGCUUCAAAAACUUAAUGACAGCCUUGGAGGCACUGAUACAGUAUUUUGAUAAAAAUGUGCAAAAUAAUACUGUGGCUUAAUUAUACACAAUUUGACAUGCAAUGUGUCAAUUAUGGCUAGCCCAGGGGGUAGUCCAGAUUUCAAAUGACAGGGAUGAUCGAAUGGGGGAUGGGGAAGAGGGGGAUCAAAACCCCAAAGAAUCCCUGGGCCAAAAGUUGACCCCCCAAAAAUCCCAUGCCAGAUUUCUGAGUGUGGAAAAUUUCCAAAAAACAAUUAAAUGAUAAAACACAACAAGUUUGGUUGUAUGUUAUUCUCAGAACUAUGGAUACAUGAGCUAAUAAACCACAAAUCUUCUUCUUUUGAAUACCCAAAAAAUCCCUGUUUAAAUCAAGCCACCCGAAAAAAAUACCUACCAAAUUUUACCCAAAAAAUCCUGGAAUUGAAAAUUUCAAACCCAACCCGAUCAUUCUGGUGAUCACUUGAAAUCUGGAGUACCCUGCCCCCUCUCCCUGGGACAGCCAGUUUGGUUAGUCAUGCCAAUUCUGCUGAGAAUGCUGUUUGACAGUGUUAUUUUCAUAUUAUAUUAGGUCCUGGCCACACACUCCUUGAGCAGUGGAAUCCAGUUGGUCUUGUGGGGAUUAUCACGGCAUUCAACUUUCCUUGCGCUGUAUUUGGCUGGAAUAGUAGCAUCAGUAUGGUCUGUGGUAAUGUCAAUCUAUGGUAAGUGCUCACUGCUACUACAGUCAAAUCUUACUAACAGCUGUACUGCAAGCCAGGAUGUUACAGUGGUCAGAACACGUGCCUCACUCCCAUCAGUGCAAACCAAGAUUCUAAAUAACUUUAACUUUAUUUAACUUUUUUUAAAUUUGGAAAUAUAACAAAAAAAGAAAUACAUUGUCACUGGCCUGCAGUCCUGGGACUGGAGGUGAUGCCAAUGAUUCUAAGUGAAUGGAGAUUGAAUAUACAUUUCUUUUCAGUACAUUGUAAUCUGCUGAAUGUGGACACUCCUAAAGAGCAGUGUUCAGGCCCAUUUUUAACGUACCCUUUAAUUCACCUGUUAUGCUUUUUAACAGCAAUAAAACUUAUUAUACAUAUAUAUCACACUUUCAAAGGUGCACAUUGGCACCCCGUAUACAAACCUCUAGAUAACAAAGUCCUUGGUAUAUUAACAAACGAUUUUCUUUACUUUAGUUAGAGUAAGAUCUGUGAGAAAGGACCUCCAUAUAAUGAAACUUUGUUAUAGGGUUCAACUAAUUUGCCAGUCCCUUGGCCCUUCAUUUUAUUGAGGUUUCACUAUAUAUGGAAGAGUAAGGGCAUUUCGUGUGUGCUUGCUGACAUGCGAAGGAUCAGUGUAGAGGGGGAAAGAACAACUCUGGAAUGCCUCCAAGGAGGUCUUUGUGUUUUUCAAGGCAACCUUGUUUUUUUACCAUCAGGAUCUGAGUGUAAAAUUGUUCAAACAAUAACGUUCUUGCAGGGAAUGUUCCUUGCAUCUUUCCUCAUUAUUUUAUUUUAUGAAAAAGAAUUUAUUAUUAAUUGAUGCAUGUAAGCUUGUCUUGAUGCUGUUGGGACAUAAUUUAUUUUACAGGAAAGGUGCUCCAUCAACUCCAUUAACAAGUGUUGCCAUUACUAGGUAAGUUAAGCAGAUGGUACAACUGCUUCACUUUUCUAAUGCAUGCACCAGUUGAUGUGGUGUCUUCCAUGCUUCAAAUGGCACUUUUUUGUUGUGCCCUCUUAGCCAAAGAAAAUGUUUUUUUUUUAAUAUAAUUAUAAUAUUACAAUGCAGAAUAGCCAUUACAGUGUGACUGCUAUAACUGGGGCCCACCAUCUAGACAAAGGUGACUACAGGAAAAAUUAAUAACAAUACAUUCUGAGAAAGUUAGUCGUCAAUCGUUAGCACCAACCCUCUGAAGAAAGUUCCUGUCUGGCUUCAGCAAAACUGCAGUAACUGUUAUAGGGCUUCUCCUGUGAGCCUUUUAUUCAGAAGUAUCCAUAUAGCUAUUUCUUUACCAGAAAUGUAAUUCAUAAUAUUUUCAUGAUAACAAUAAUGGCCAAUUCACUCCCAAGUAUUUGUUCUUUAGGUUACUAGAUUCAAUAAAAUAGUGACUUUUGGGCCUUUAUUUAAUUUGUCAGGAUUGUAAGUGAUGUUUUGUCCCGCAACUCUGCUCCAGGGGCUGUAUGUUCACUUGUUUGUGGUGGUGCUGAAAUUGGGUAAGGCAUAAUUCAUCAUUCAGUUUUAGAUUUCAGCUGGUAAAUAAUGCUAUUUAUUAUUUUUAGAACGAAAAAUACACAUUACAGGGCUUGAAAAAAAAUUAUAAAUUCCAGCUUGUCCUUUUAGCAAGCAGAUCAUACAUUUUGCUUUACCGUUGCGACUUCUUGCUCAUCUUGGUUAAUAAUUUUAGUCAGAAGAUGACUUCCUAGGACCCUUGGCCAUUGCCUUGGGCAAGUGAAUUUAAAAAGUUAGUUGCCUAGCAAGAAAAUCUACUUGUCCUGGACGACCAGAUGGGACCUUACUGUCUUUUUAUGAGCCCUGUAAUAUAAUGUUAUAUAGAAGAGCUGCCAAAGAGAUUUUGUUUCAAAUGGUUACAUUAAACUGUGUGUUAAGAAGAGGGAGGGUGAUGUCUAUCUGCAUAUGGAUACAGUAAUACAUCUGUUUAAAUUCUUUGUACUGCACUUAUUAAUAUUAUAACCGCUGCCUGGUUAGCUCAUUUGGGAGAACGCCGGUCUGCUGAGUGGGAGGUCGUGAGUUCAAAUCUCCGCCAGACCAACACUCAGGGUCUUAAAAUAACUGAGGAGAAAGUGCUGCCUUUGCAAUGACAUCUGUAAACGGUUAGGCUUUCUGGUCUUCUCGGAUAAGGACGAAAAACCGUAGGUCCCGUCUCACAGCAAUUUCACUGAUCUAUUCUUGUGGGACAUAAAAGGACCUACACCACUGUUCGAAAAGAGUUGCGUAUGUAGACCCCGGUGGUGUGGUCAACCUCUCCUGGGCUGGGUGGGUUAUCUGUAAGGACACACUUAAAUUGGAGCCCACGCUCUGUUGUGUGUUUCGCACCAUAUGGUAAUAGUGAUCAAAUAAAUAAAGACAACUGCAGUAGACACUGUUCCCACACGUACUUCCUAUGGAACUGGCGUUAAAUUUUUAUAAUGUAUACUUGGUUAUGUUUGAAAUCUUAGACAAGCUAUGGCUGAAGAUGAAAGGGUUGAUUUACUGUCUUUCACAGGGAGUACACCGGUAGGUUUCCAUAAUAAUUAAGGAAUACAUAAUUAUUAUACAUAAUUAAUAUGUAUCACUUUUUAACUUUUGGUACAAUAAUAUUAUUCCUAGUAAUAAUGAUCAAAGAUUAAAGAGCAAAGAUCCUUUCACUGGUUGUCCCAUUCAAUCUCACUCCAACCAUGUGUCUUCAUGUCUAAAACAUCUGUAGUAAUUAAGUUAUUUUACUGCUCAAAAUUAAUGAUGUUCCCCAGGUGAAUGUUAAUCUUUGUUUCACACACGCUGCGAUCUUACAGAAAUAAUUUUUGACGUGCAUGGAUUGUAUUUUUCUGUUGUCACAUUCCCAACCAUUUAAACAUCUUUUGUUGGAUUUCAGGUUGGCCAGAAAGUUGGAACUACAGUACAAAACAGAUUUGGUAAGCGAACCCAUACACUUCUAUUGUAAUAUUCUUAAAACUUCAUGAAGAGAGAAGAAGAGGAUAAAAAAUAAAUGUAGUUCAGUGUCCUAUUAUUGUACAUUGUUUACAUUCCCUGAGUCAUAAGAGAACCUUUUUUUUUGGCAGGAAGGAAAAUCUUAGAGCUUGGAGGAAAUAAUGCCAUUAUUGGUGAGCUGCAUAUUUUACAAUAAGAUCAUUCUUAUAACAUCAUAAUGAAAUCAAUCCCGUAGGGAUCUCUUCUGCUCCCAUGUGGAGCAAAAGGUAGUUAUGCAAAAUAAUUGGAAGCCAUUUUCAUUUUCUGCAGCAUACAGCCUCUCUGAAAUUAUCUAUAGUACUGCAUUUUUCCUAAGUCUUUGCCAUUGCAAGUGUGUUGGGGUUUUUAAACAGAAAAAUGUCCCUGUGGAAUUAGCUUUUCACACUGGUGAUAAAAGCUCAGUGUGUGUAUUAAUCUCCUUACAUUUCCUAACCAAGACCUUUUUUACUUGUUGAUCAUUUUCUAUAUUAAUUUUUCUUAUGACCUUAUGUCUGACUGAGCAGUGUUACUAUGAGGAGCAAUUAACUGUUAGUGGACACUCUUAGGGGUUAAAUGUUAAAGCUCAUAAUAAUGGGUACCGUGAUUAGCCGCAUGUUUUAUCCACUUACCAUCCAUUGCCAUUGAUUGCAAGCACUGUAGCUGUUAAUGGAACACAAGUCGUACUCAUUACUGUACUGCAUGAACCACUUGCAUUAAUUGGUGACUUGUCAUAAUAGUAAAACUGAUUGAAACUGAGAUCUUAAAUAACUUAAAAUCAAGUAAAAUUAGUAAAAAUAAUACAACUGUUUUUUUUGUCAGUAAUGAAUGAUGGAGAUUUAGAGCUUGCCAUCCCAUCAGUCUUGUUUGCAUCUGUUGGCACUGCAGGACAGCGAUGUACAACAACACGCAGAUUGGUAAAAAGAACACUUCUUUUACUUUUAUUUUAAGUACAGUAGAUGUAAACAUCAUUGGAUCAAUUUUGCCUUAUAGUAUAGUGUACAGGUUUCAGACCCAAAACAGCUGGUGGUCCUCUAAAGUUGCUUAAUUCAAUCCGUUUUUUGUAACAAGGCUUGAAACAAGUCAGUUUUAAUAUCUUUAGUUAAUUAUUAUCUUUUUCUUUGGUUAAAACAAGAGGAACUAAUCCUGAGUUUGAGUGCAUUAUUCUUUAAGUGGAGGUUUGUAACAAGUUGUGUUCUCUAGAAAUGUACAAACGAUUGUUGGUUCCUAUGUCUCACCAUGCAGCUGCCUCUCUAGCUACUUGGUAGUGGUAUAUUUAAAUGUGCAAUUCAAUUUUUAGUGAUAAAAAGAACAAACCUGGCAAACUAACAGGUGUUUUUUCAAUGACUAUCCUUAGACUAUCCAUGAAGACAUUCAUGAUGAAUUGGUAGAACAUUUAAAAAAAGCCUAUGCUCAAGUCAGAAUUGGAGAUCCUCUGGAUGGUGGGUGGAAGAUGUCUUAAAUAAAUGUGUAGUCCCAAGAAAGAAUAAGCAUACCCAUUCUUAUUUGUCGAGGUCAAAUUUUUCUUGUAUUUUGCAGAGGAUACUCUUUAUGGUCCAGUUCAUUCUGAAAUGGCCAUUGACAUAUAUAGAAAGGCUGUCGAUGAUGCUCAGAAGCAGGUCCUUUAUUUAAUAUUUAUUUUAUAAAUAUGUUGUCUUUUUGUGAUCAUCAAGUGUUUGAAAGGAAAUGUUUGUCUUUUGUGUCUGUCAUUGUCCAUGGUAAUUUUUCUAAUCCUGCCUAAUGGUUUUGUUUUGUUUUGUUUAGGGAGGAAGAAUUGCUUAUGGAGGAAAGGUAAGAGAGUCAAGAUUUUAAUAUUGUCAUACCCUGUGAACAGUGGUUUCUCUCUUGCAUGGCUCGUAGCACGUACUUAGUCGUACACGUGGCUUGUUUAUCAUGCCUCGGGGAGUAUAAAACAAACCAACUAUGCAACAGACAAGCUACACAAACGACUUUGUAAACACUAAAAGCAUGCAAGAGAGGAACCUUUGCUCCCAGGGUAUAAUAUUAUUGUCAACAAUGCUCAGUUUGUAAAUUGGUCUGAAUUGGCCUCUUUUAAUUUUUCAUUGAGAAUAUUUCUUGGAACUUCAAUUCAAAGUUGUUGCUGACACCCCUUUUAGGUACUAGACAAGGCUGGCUUCUAUGUUGAGCCUACAAUCGUCACUGAUCUUCCUCAUGAUGCAGAAAUUGUACAUCGAGAAUCAUUUGUACCCAUUUUAUAUGUUCUCAAGUGCAAGGUAAUAUUGUUUUGUUUAUUUUUUUCAUGUAUUUAGAAGUUCCACUACACUCUUGGUGAUUAUGUUCACAUAAUAAUUAAUAAACAAGCAGCAGUGUUUUGUCAGGUUUAAAAUCACAAGCAGAAGGCAAGUGAUUUUACACCUGAUAAAACAUGUGCUGUGAGUUUAUCAAAUGUCCAAAAAGACAUGCCUGGAAAAGUGUGUCUCAAUUAUAAUAGAGUUCAGAAAAGAAUGAUGCUUUUGUAAAGUUGGAAACGCGCAUACGGAAAAAAAAAUUAUUAAUAAUCAAAGGAGUUCAGGCUUCAGGAGUAAUCAUUGAUCGUUUAUUGCGACAGUGCUGUUUCGUAUGGUCCGAAAUUGUAGGACCACACUCAUCAGGCAACUUCAAAAAUAAAAUAAGAUAUGAAAUUAGUAUGCAAGAAAAUCACAUCUCCCCCUGUUUUGAACUUUCUUCUAUGAACGACACUAACCAAAGAGGACAUGGGGUCCAACUGAAAUGAUAUGUGACACUUGGCCACUAAACAAAAAUGUUGAUUUUUCAAGCCGUCAUUGAAGAUCAGCAUGUUCAUUAUGAAUUAGGCUGUAGAUCUAAUGACCACCUUAUUUGGCCAGGAGGUAAGACUAACUCAGAAGACACAGAAUGAGAGUCAAGUAGAGUAAUCUCAUUCUGCUUCUAGUUGUCAUGUUUGAAUGAUAAAUAAGUAUUUUAGUGUUGUUUACUUCAGAGCUUUGAGGAGGCUGUUAGUUGGAACAAUGAAGUUAAGCAGGGAUUGUCCAGUAGCAUUUUCACAAAGGACCUAGGCAAAGUGUUUAACUGGAUGGGGUAAGCCUGGCAAAUGGUUAAUUUCAGUCAUUCUGAGGUACCGUAAAAUUCUGAAAAUAAGCCCGUCCACGUAUAAGCCCCGCAAACUUGUAACGCAAAAAACCCUCCGUUAAAUCGCCCCUCCAGAUAUAAGCCCCCCCAGGGGUCUUGUACUUGGAAAUUGCCCUCAAAUACAAAGAAAAGCAAAAACGGUAAAUUUCCUUCCAACUAAAAGGCUAGCCCAAUCGAUUUUGAAACGCAAAUUUCCCUCCGUAGAUAAGCCCCUCCGAAUAUAAGCCCAUCAAAAAUAAGCCCCUCAAAAAGGGCCUUUGAAAAAUAUAAGCCCCAGGGCUUAUUUUCGGAAUUUUUACGGUAUACUACAAACAACCAUUUGUAAAAUUGCUCAGACAUCCUUGCUAACAAUCAACUUGAUUACGACUAGGGCCGGUUAUUGAAAAGUUCAGACAAAUAACCACAUUCAUCCCCUUUCUCUUCCCUGUUGAAAGUUUGGGAUUUUUGCAACUUUGAUUAGAGGGAAAGGUGAUAAAUACAUGUUGCAUACUUUGGGUCUAAAAAGAUGCUGACUACCAAGCAAUAGCAAUAAAGGGGCUCAAGCUUUCACUGAUUGUUUGUUUUAUUCACCAGUUUAGGUUGUCUUCAAAAUAUGAUAUUACAAUAUGGAUCACCUAAUUGACAAGCAUUCAACUGAAAUCUGAAUCAAUAAAUUAAUCUGCUGAGGGAGAAUGAUGAAAGUUUUAAACUAGGUCUACAGAUUUCUCAGUACCUUAAUAUUACUGUCUUUCAGUCCAUUGGGAUCUGACUGUGGUAUCGUCAACAUAAAUAUUCCAACAAGUGGAGCAGAGAUUGGAGGCGCCUUUGGUAAGUCAUGCAAUGCAAGUCCUGCACUUCCAAGUGUCCUGUGAUUGCAUUCAAAAUUACCAGUAUUUCUUGGGGAAUUUCUGGCUGACUGAACAUUGUUCUCAUUCCACAAGGUGGGGAGAAGCAUACAGGAGGUGGCAGAGAAUCUGGAAGUGAUGCAUGGAAAGCUUACAUGAGGAGGUCAACAUGGUAAUAUCAAAAAUUUGUAACUUGAAAAAAUCAUUUAAAAAUGCCUGCAAUUUCAUUCUCUCUCCACUAUCUUGUAUUACUUUUAAACAUAACAUACCAUGCUAUAGAUGAGGUUCUAAAAACAGUCUUGUUGUUUUUCUCAGCACAAUAAACUUCAGCAAAGAGUUGCCCCUUGCCCAAGGAAUCAAGUUCGGUUAAGAACCAUGUGGUUUAUUACAAAGAAUUUUCACCUUAUCACACAAUUUUAGAUAAUAGAUUUGUAUUUUAAAAUAAUUGCUUUUAAACUGUCCAUGGCAAGAAAUAUUUAAGAAGAAACAGUUUGCUUUGCAGUUACAUGUAUUUUGCAAGAAACAGUUUGCAUUGAGUCUCUAACAUAUCCUGCAGAUCCAUAUUUUUGUAACGGCGAGAGGGACUAUGGUGUAGUAUAAUAGCUGAAUCCGCAAGCAGGCUAGAUAAAGUGAAUCCUUCAUUCUGAUUGGCUAUCUGACUGUAUCGCAGGCUUAGAUAUACAAUUCAUGGAGGUGCCUUUUUUUUUUAAGUUAUCUGCUGGCCAUUUUUUGGUUUUCAAUUGAUCUCGGGCUCAGGUCCUUUUUUUUAAAGGUGGAAUACAGUUUGCUUUCUGCUUAUGGCAAAAGUUGAAUUACUUGAGAAAGACAUUUCCAAAAGCAUCUCUCGAGAGCUUCACUUUUGGCCUUGGCUUAAGCUAUACAUAAGCAUUUUAAAAAGUCGAGGUCAAUAAUUCUCUUGGAUCUUGGCCAAUAUUCAGCCAUUUUGACCACACCCUUGGCCAAUAACGCAUAAAAUGAUGUAUUGACAAUGGGCAUUUGGUCCUGCAGCAGUGAGGAAGUGUGUCAAAUAGGGAUCAUGCACAGUGAAGAAGAAAAUAA